AUGAAGAAAGCAAGCAUUUGUUCCAGCUGGUGCACCAAUGUGCUGCAGCCCUGUGACGACCCCCACGAAUGGAGGCGCAUAGAUGCGUCUUGCAACAAUAUGCAUCAUCCCAACAGGGGGAUGGGUCAUACCCCCGUAUUAAGACUGUUACACCCCGUAUUUUCUGGGAACUGUACUGUUGGUUAUGGACCCAGAACCGCGAAAGAUGGCGAGCCGCUCCCUCUCGAACGAAGGCUGCGCACGAGUCUCCUCCCAGAAGCGCGCAUCCCAGACCAAGUGUUCACGCAGAUGUUCGCCCACUUUAUGCUGUUCUUAGUUGCCGAUCUCCUCUCCAUACAUGACACAAUAAACUACGUCCUAUGGAAGCCGUACUGCUGCCAACCGCAAGGCCAGCUGGACCCAGAGUGCGCACCGGUCAAGAUCCCGGCAGACGAUCCUGUGCAUCGGUUCAGUAAUAUACGCUGUAUGGCCAUGACGAAACCGCUGACAUUUCAGAGUGAAAGGUGUCUGACAAACGAUACGUACCCGCAGAGGCUAAUAUCAUCGACGCCUACGAUAGAUUUAAAUGCACUGUACGGACAUUCGCCUGAAAGAUUACCCGUGGGAAGAUUGUAUAAGGAUGGUCUACUAAAAUAUGACCUGAUAAAUGGAAAAAUGUGGCCACCUGCUUUCAAAACAGCGGAUAACUUUUGCUACUUGAAUAUGAAGCCGAUUGAAACGCGUUGUCAUGAUACACCUGAUCCUGUCAUAAACAGUCUCGCUGGAAUAAACUUCUUCGCAAUUUGGUUCUGGCGUCUCCACAACCACAUAGCUCUUGAACUGAGUAAACUCAACCCCUGCUGGGACGACGAGCGACUGUUCUACACCGCAAGAGACAUCAAUAUUGCUAUUAAGACGCAAAUCGUACACUAUGAAAUGUUGGCACAAGUUAUGGGCUAUGAAAAUUUGGUACACGCAGGCGUUCUAUCGCCCUCACCAGGAUUCAGGGAUUUGUAUGAUGAAGACAUGUACCCUCAAAUAACAGCGGAGUACGCUUAUGUAUUGCGAUGGUUCCAUGUUAUUCAGGAAAAUGAUCAAAGAAUGUACGAUCCUCAUGGACACUACCUUCGGUCGGUUCCACUUUCAAACCUCACCCUCAGAACUGGAUUCCUGUCAAUCGACAACAACUUUGACUACAUCACUCAAGGCUCGUUCCGUCAGGCUGGUGCCAAUUUUGGUAGUAAUGUUGACCCUGAUCUGGCUGAAGUUGGCAUCGGGCCCCUGACGCCGUUGACCGACCUGGUGACCCUGGAUUUGUCAAAGAACCGGCACUUCGGCCUCGCACCAUACGUAAACUACCUGGAGUACUGCAACGGGAGACCAUACACUAGUUUUGAGGAUCUGGUUGGGAUCAUAAAACCGGAGAUGCUGGAAAUACUAAAGGAUAGAUACGAAAAUGUAGAAGACAUAGACCUUCUAGCUGCACUAUGGGUGGAGCUACCAGCACACGGCAGCUUCUUGCCGAAGACGCUGCAAUGCCUCAUGAUAGACCAGCACAUUCGGUUCCCUAUGAUGGACAGGCAUUGGUACGAGAGCCCGAAUAGACCACACGCUUUUAAUCUAGAGCAAUUACUGGAAAUUAGGAAAGCAACAGUAUCGCAGGUGCUGUGCACUGUCGGCGAUAAGGUCACUGAAAUACAACCCCACGGCUUCUUGAGAGAUGGACCAGGAAAUGAAAUAACCAGCUGUGAACACAUCCAGAAAAUCAACUGGGGAGCGUGGAAGGACCCAACUUGUGGCGGUUCACUAGAAGAUCAUGAUACAAUCAGUCUGUUUAGUUAUAAAUCAGUUUAA